AUGAUUCAUAAAUAUAGUUCACAUGUGCGGUUAUGUGGAGAAGACGGUAUGGAAGGAUCGCAUAACUUCUUUAUUCGAUUGCUGACCAAGGAUGGUUGGUUGGAUGACUCGAACAUAGACAUGGCCUUGCUUUUGCUACGAGAUUGGCACAAGAGCUCUGGCAACUGGGUGGGUUCUGACUGGACGAUACUGGACACCACUUUUCAAAAAUGUGCUGCCUUGGAUUACAAGCAAAUGAAGGCGUAUGUGGGAAAGGAGGACAGGCAGCACAACAAGGGUCUACUGGAAAUGGUCAAGGGAAAAAGGGCCUAA